CACAUUUACUGCGGAUUGAUUGCUGAGCUUUACUUCCUGUUGGAAAUAUACGACGAAAAAGUUGUGAAAAGGUGAAUAGUUUAUUUGUUUCGUUAUGUUAUGUCAUCUAAAGCUGAUAAAGAAUAUAAAUAAUGAUUAGCUAAUUAAUUAAGUACAACUUUUUAUAAGGACAGCUAAGAUAUUGCAGUCUUUAGAAUAGCGGAGUUUUAUCGUCUUAGUCACACCCUGACGGUUAAUUAAUGUACUUGUUUAGGGUGGUAUUAAUUAAAAUGUAUUGAAUAAAAUUUAAAAAAUAAUCAUAAAUAGAAAAUAGGCUGCUGAUGAUUAUUUAUUUAUUAUAUAACUAGGUAAUGAUCAAAGUAAAAUGAGCGCCUCAAAGAAUUUAUUCAUGGCGUUAAAAGUAUCUCAAGUACUAUCUAUAUUGUUUAAAAGUAUUAAAAUAGCUGGAUCAAUAUAUAAGCAUUAAGAAGAUACUGAAAAAAAAACAUAAUUUAUUAUAGAAGGGCAACAAAUAUUGGACAAAAUAAAACAAAAGAAACUUAUAUUGAAAAGUGCAAUAUGUACCGUUAUAUGUUAUCGCUUUAAACAGUCUACAUAGAUUGAAUGGAGAAGAAUCUUUUUCAACUUUCAAUUAACUCUACAGUAGCUUCUGUUAAUAAAAAUUUUUCAAACAUAUUUAAGAAAAUACAGGAAAAUGAGAAGAAUUAAAGAGUUCUUCUCAACCAAAGAGCCGAAAAAAAAUUCAGGAAGUAAUUCAAUAGUUGAAAUAUCGUCUCCAACGGCAGUCACGCAUAAACAUCAUGUAACAUAUGACGAAGGGACAAAAACCUUUUAUAAUCUACCAACCGAAUGGCAAACGCUCGGUUUGAAUCAAAUUAGGUACGGAAUAGUCUGUGAUUUGGUCGCCGUUAUUUAUGAUUUAUUAUUUUUUGCAACGCUACAUAUCAUCAUUUUUUUGUUGAUUUUAUGUAACAAAAACAUUUACCCACUACCUUAAUGGAUUCAAAGCUUUUAGAGUAAAAAUUUAGCGAUUUUAAUGUGGCAUUUGGAACAAUAGAAAGCUCACCUGAUUGCCAAUUAAAAUUAUUCAAUCAGUUGACAUUAAUCUAUUAGUUCAUUUGCUUUUCUAAUAGUAAAAGGCAUGUAAGUGGUAAUUAGAAUUUUUGUUCACAUUACAUUCCAUACUUUUAUCUAAUAUUUUCCUGAAUUGGAGCGUUUUGGAUACAUCCACAAGAAUGAGAAAAGAAACAAGGAAGUGAAUACUCUUCCAUAGCUGACUUUUCUUUAAAUGUACCUCCCCCCUCCCUUUUAAAUCCUGUUAACUUUCGGUAAAAUGUUCCAUCAUACUUCUUAGUUGUUUUUACGCAUGUUUUUAUUUUUAUUAUUAGAAUAAAUACUACUUCCCUUGGUUUUAUCUAAAGAGAGUUUUUCAGUCAUUGUAUUUGGUUACAAUAAUUUAUUGUUUGCUGGUGAUUUAUGCUUAAACGAUAAUUUUUCGCUUUUGCUUUAUAUAUUCACAGCCAUGGCAUUAUCAUCAUUAUUUAAAAGUAGUAAAAAAGGGAAGCACUACAUUACACCCACAAGUCCAACGUCUAUCAAAGAAAUAAGUGGUCCAUCAAAUUUUAAAAGACAUAUUCAUGUGGCUUUUGACAAAGAGAAACAACAGUUUACGGGUCUACCUGAUAAUUGGGAGCAAAUUCUGAAAGAUCAUAAAAUUACGUAUGUGCUUUAGCUUCAUUAUUGAAUAGUUACUUUUUGUAUCGAUUUAAUUUUUACUUUAUAUACAUACUACAUAUAUAUUACAUGUAUUUAAAGGAGGGAAUAAUUUGAAACUUUAUUUCCUGCAUGUUUUCAACUUUUACAGCAAGGAGGAACAAAAUGAAAAUCCUCAGGCAGUUAUUGAUGCCAUUCACACUUUUGAAAGUAAUCAACAUAAACCUACUAAAUUUAUGAAUGAAGAAUGCCAGUCAAAUGAUAGUUCAUUUGAAGGAGAUAUUGAAGGUGAGAUUUCUGGUUUCGUCGCUAAAGCACCUCCUGUAAAAGCGAUUAACGAAAAGGUUGAGAAAAUUAGCAUAGAAGGUUACAAGAAAAAUGAAGCUAAUGAUUUGACACGUCACAAAUCGAUAAAAAAGAUCAAGAAGACUGAUGAACAGAUUAUGCAGGAAUUAGACGAACUGGUUAAUAAAACUGUAGACCCGUUAACAAGAUACGAAAUAAAAAAGAAAGUAGGCUCAGGUGCAUCCGGAACUGUCUGUGAAGCUUUGGAUAAAAAAAAUAAGCAAUUGGUAGCAAUAAAGAAAAUGGACUUGAAUAAUCAACCUAAGAAAGAAUUAAUUAUUACAGAAAUUAGAGUGAUGAAGGAAUAUCACCAUGAUGCUAUUGUAAAUUUUGUUGACUGCUUUCUAGUUGGCAAAGAAUUAUGGGUCGUUAUGGAGUUUUUAGCUGGAGGAGCUUUAACCGAUGUUGUUACUGAAACUAUAUUAAGUGAACAACAAAUUGCAAGUGUAUGCAAGAAAUGCCUUGAAGCCCUUGAAUAUUUACAUUCAUUAUGCGUUAUACAUAGAGAUAUAAAAUCUGAUAAUGUUCUAUUAGGAAUGAAUGGCGAGGUAAAGUUAACUGAUUUUGGAUUUUGUGCUCAAAUUUCUCAAGCUGCUGAAAAGAGAAAUACUAUGGUGGGAACACCUUAUUGGAUGGCUCCUGAAUUGGUUCAACGAGCUAAAUAUGGUAAUAAGGUGGAUAUAUGGUCUCUGGGGAUUAUGGUUAUUGAAAUGUUGGAUGGCGAACCUCCAUAUUUAAAUGAACAACCAAUUAGAGCUUUGUACUUGAUUGCUUCCCAUGGAAAGCCAGAAAUUAAGAAGAAGGAUAUUUCCUACGAUUUACAAGACUUUUUGGAUUGUUGCCUAAAGGUAGAAGAGGAUGCAAGGUCAUCGGCGGCAGAGCUAUUGAGACAUCCAUUCAUUAUUAAAAAUGCUAGCGACGAACAACUUAAGCAAUUGGAACGAAACAUUACAGCAGCAAGAAAGGCUUUACAAAAAGAAUUUUAAGGUUGUAAAAUAACAGCUGCAUUAUGUGAUUUCAAUUAUAUAUAUAUAUACAUAUAUAUAUAUAUAUAUGUGUGUGUGUGUAUAAUUUCUCUGCUACAUUCCAAGAUUUUUGUUUUGAUUGAUAAUAUUCAAUAAUUUGUCAAUGUUAUUUUAAAACUUGUAAAGUUUUUUAAGAUGUGCUUAAAUGUUUAAAAAACUUAAGCUUUUCUCCUUUUUUCUUUUAACUCACCAGCAUUUUUAUUUCGAUAGAUAUUCAUUUGUUAUUCAGGAAUGUGUACAUUGACUAGACAAGAAAUGAGGAUAUUGUAUAUGGAACACUCUCUUCUUCUUUUAGGUACAUUCAGAAAUGUAAAAUAUUCGCUCAUAAUACUUUAUCGUAACGUAAUUUCAUUAAAUUCAAUACAAACAAAUACUAAUCAUUAUGUGAUUAUUUUUAUUGGAUACGGAUAUUGUCCUUAAUUGUUCCUUUUUUGAAAUAAAUUUAAAUAAAACAAAAUAUUGUCAAUCAUUUAAGUAUAUCGUCUAAUGUAGAGGUUGAUUGAAGUACUUUAUUAAUUAUGUAAUUAGAUUAGCCAUAUUUAUUCUCGUCAUAAAGCUUUUUUAAGUUAACACCCACUUAUGCCGGGAAAUUUUACGUCGUUUGUAACUUCUGCUUUCCAAAUUAUAACUUUUCCUGUACGUUUAUCCAGUUUUUUCAUAAAUCCUUCUAUAGGUUCUUUACUUUUUUCUUUGUCAUCGUCACUGUUCUUCGAUAAGAGAUCGUCGAUAUCAGAAUUAAAUCUAUUAGGAGAAUUAUUUUUAUCCUUAUCAAUAGAUUUGUUUUCGGGACUUUUCUGGAAAUUACAAUAGGCUUCACAAUAGCAAUUUAUCGUUUGAUUACACUUUUGUAAGCGUUCAUUAUAGGAUUGGCAGCGUUUAAAAUCUGAUGUAUUAUUAUUAUUGUUAUUAUUAAUACUUCUGCUACUUUUAUUAGUAUUGAUCUCUUUAUGAUUUUUCAUUCUUUAUUAUAGACUUUUCUAAACUGAUUUUAAAAU